UCAUCACAAGCCAACACCAGCAUUUCUGGAUCUUGUUUCAACCGGAGCUGGUUCAUUCAUCUAUGCAUUAAACGAAGUACAAUUCUAAUGAGCUCAUUACGGAGUAUAUUUUCAUUGAUUGGAAGACAUAGGUGUGUAACACAUUAUUGUGUGUCCAGGAAUUCAUCACCAGCAAUCCUGAGAAUGAUGUCGUCUUCAUCAUCACCUGGUCCUGUGGCAACUUCUAUUAAAAAUAAACUCUCAGAAGCUUUCCAGCCAGUCCAUUUACAAGUGAUUAAUGAGAGUCAUAUGCACAGCGUUCCUAAGGGUUCGGAAUCUCAUUUCAAAGUUGUGGUAAUAUCAGACAAGUUUGAUAAACAGACACUGAUAAAAAGACAUCGAAUGGUGAAUGAAUCUUUGGAAGAGGAAUUGAAGGGGCCAGUGCAUGCUCUCUCCAUCCAGGCUAAAACACCUGAACAGUGGCAUCAAAGUGAAGUUGUAUCAGAAUCCCCAGCUUGCUUAGGAGGAAUGAAGAAGGAAAACAAAAACAAAUCAUGAUUGGAAUAUUCAACAUUUCCUGACUAAAUAGAUGUCUGGACAAGGAAACCAAUUCAAAGUGCAUCAUGGGAAGGCAUGGUUGUUUUUUAAAGCUACCCAAUAGUUGAGUUUGCUACGUUACAAUAACAUAUUCUUGAUAAUCUGAUUGGUGUCUCUGGAACUAUACUGGUAUAUUCCAUGAAUUGACCCCUAUCUACCCAGUCAAAUUUUCUCUGUUUCAGAAUUCAAGUAGUUUAAAGUAUAGUUAUCAAUGUCAGAAAAACAAACCAAAUUCAUCCAAAAAAUACAUAUUAUAGAUACAGUGAUGCAGUAUGUCAAUUCCUGGAAUACAUCUCUGUGAUUGGCUGACAAAGCCCUUGGUUUUUUAUUUGUUGUGCUUCCACGAAACAUCUUGUAAUUCUAAAUGCUGGGUAAGUAUUGGCUUGAAUAACAAGCAUAAUUGGUUUAAAGCUAGACGAAGACUUGACUUGACUUGAACACUAGCUGUUGUUCCAAUUUGAUAUUUCAUUCAAGUUUUCAUGUAAAUUAUAUACAAUUUGUAGCUUUGAAAAAAUGUCUUUCGAAUAAAAACUUGAUACUAUUUUAUAUUUAAAUAUUCAAACAUGACUACGCCCUCACUCACUCCUCUUUUAUGGGUGAAUAUACUCAUAAAAUCUACUUUAAAAUGUUCAAUAACUGAAACAAAUAUUUUCUACAAACCAUAUGAAAUCAAUGGUUUGUAAGGUAAGCAACUUGAUAUCUACCGGUAUGUACAGUAUGUGAUUAAGAUAUCAUGAUAGUGUGAGUUUCAUGUGAUAUUUUGUAUAUCCUACUGUUAUGUAUUAUCAUUGUUGCAGAACGAGGUUCACGCAUGCGCAUUACGUUCAUGACAGCUCAAAACCAGUCUUGUUGUUUGUGUUUCUCUGGCGAACUUUUGUGCAAUAUAACAUUUCAUGCGUCAAUCAAAUGUAUGACAUCGCAGAACACAUUGAAUGCUUGGAAAUAAGCGAGAUUAUUGCCUUAUUAGAAAACCUACCUUGCGAAUAAUCAAGAAUAAAAACAGCCAAUCAAACACUAAAUAGU